AUGUCAACUGGUGAUACAAAUAGACUUAAUGAUAUUCAUGGUGGUACAGGAUAUGGUAUUUAUAAAGUUAUUAUAACCGACUAUUUCUUAUUACAACUCCAUAUUUACUUUCAUAUUGAAGCAGGUCAUGAUAUUGCUAUAGAUAUUCUAAUUACCUAUUUAUUACUAAAACAACAUGUUCACUUUCAUAUACAACUAAUUAUUUUUAAAACAAUGUAUCGUACAACUCCAGUAAAUAAUGCUCAUUGUGGUACACAUCUUAAUAUUAUUACAUUCAUUAUUAUCCAUUAUUUACAAAUAUUAAAAUAUAUGUUCAACAUCAUAUACUCAAUUAAAACCGAAUCAACAAACCGUACAAAUCAAAGAAAUGAUGCUCAUCGUGGUACACUUCAUGAAAUUCUCACAGACCGAAUUAUUUUAACACCAACUAAUACAACUAUUCAAGUGCAUUACGCUACACACGGUAAAGGUGGUGAUCCAGUUACAAGUUCAUAUAAUUCGUUCUUCAUUAUUCAAAAAUCAAUAUUAAACUUCAUAUAUUGUAUUAUUACUACAUCAACCAAUCGUACAAAUUUAGUUCAUUCUCCAGAUGGUGGUACAGGUCAUCAUAUUCGUACAUUUAUUCUUAUUGGUUAUCCAUUAUUAAAAAAUCCAUUGUCAUUUUCACAUGUACGUAUCUACUAAAACCUAACUCUUCAACAUCGCACUAUAGCUUUUCUAUUUAGAUACUCAACCCAUGGCGUAAAUUUUUGCGAAAAAAACGCGUUCUGAAAACGCGUUUUUUCAUAGCUGCAAAACGCGUUAAUGCUGGCCGGUUUAACGCGUUUCACAUAUGCUAAAAUAAACGUUGCGAAACGAUUUUUUCUUAAAAUCAUUUCGCAGUGUUUCUGAAUCUAUGGUAUUGCAUACUUUGAAGGAUAGAAAAAAACAAACCCGUCACGUACUUCGUAGAACUCAACUUGCAGGUGCGAUCCAUAUACUGAUUUACAUUAAUUCAUAGAAUUAUAGAGUUAACUUACAUUAGUUUCGAUAAAGUUAAGAGGUGGAUUCGAACAGGAGAACAGAAGAGUAGAAGAUAUGUAUACAAACCGUUCAACUAAAAUAGUCAAAUGAUAUAAGUGUUUGCUCUAUUCUUAUUUAGAUAUCUUGUACAGAUUUAUGAUUCGAAUAAACUUUGUUUCACGUCUGAAUGAAUCGAUGAAAAAUGAUAUUCUUUUUGC